AUGGAAGUUGACAUAAACGGAGAAUCCAGAACGACCCUAUCCAGCCUCCCUGUGCCUCUUGCAGAGGUGAGUCCCAGAGGCAGGAUGGAAUCAGAGAAGCCUCGCUGUUCCAGUACCCCCUGCUCACCAAUGCGACAGACGGUUGCAGGAUAUCAGAUCCUUCGCAUGGAUUCUAACUACCUAGUUGGUUUUGCGACUGGAGAGGAGCUGCUAAAAUUAGCUCAGAAAUGUACAGGAGGUGAAGAGAAUAAAGGGGAACCUGGGUUGAACCUGCACUCCAGACACCAUGAUUCAGGACUUACACGUUCCUCCCGUUUCUACAAAACUAGAAGUAGGUAUUAUCAGCCAUAUGAGAUCCCAGCAGUAAAUGGAAGGAGGAGGAGACGGAUGCCCAGCUCAGGGGAUAAAUGCACAAAGGCUUUACCACAUGAACCUUGCAAGGCGCUUCAUGCUCCCUUGCCUCUUUGCCUUUUUAAAGGUAAAAAGGCUCAUUCAAAAUCCUUGGACUACCUCAAUUUAGACAAAAUGAGCAUUAAGGAAGCUGUUGACACAGAAGUGCUACAAUACCAGCUCCAACACCUUAACCUUAGAGGGGAUCGUAUGUUUGCAAGAAAUAACACAUGA